GGCGCUAGAGCGCUUGCAAAGCGACACUGAGGGGAUUAGCGAAGGCUUGGGUGCACUAUGAGUUGGUCAGUCUAAUGGAUAAACACAACCCCUGUUGUCAAUUUAAUGAACUUUUCCACCUCGGUAAGGAAAACUAAAUAUAUUGUUCAGCAUUGGGGAUUGUUACAGUGCAAAAAGAGGAGACCGGUGCUCUGUGUUAGCAUUCAAUCGGACAGAAAGCAACAGAUGUGUGGUCAGCAUUUUAAUAUGACAAGGAGGGGAAGUAGUGAUGGGGGGGAUUAAGUCUCAACACUGCUCUAGUGAUUUGCCAGAGCUUUAGCUUUGAUGGAAACGGGUGCAGGGAGCCUGCCAGUCAUAUCGAGGGAAUGAUGGCCGUGUGAGGGCUUCCAGUGGGAAAAUCUGACACAAAGUCGCUCUGAAAAUUGUGUCAUCAUAAAGGGAAUACGCGGAACACAUCUACAGCUGAGAUGAGGCCGGCGAGCGGCGGGUUUCGGGCCCGGAGGGCUGCCGAGCUGCCCGAGAAGGAGUCCGAGGAGGCCACGGAAGAAGUUCACCAUGAGCACGCCCACACGGAACACCACGGCCACUCCGAGCAUCAUCCCGGCCAUGACUACAACCACAUGAAGGACAAGUUCAUGAACGAACUUGACCGACUACCCAUUCCUAUGUGGGCAGUAGGAGCCAUCGUAGUGGUGGUCCUGGUGCUGGUGGCGUGCUUUAUCUUUUGCGUUUUCAAAAAAUGCUUUGGGAAGAAGAAAAAGCCAAAGAAGGUCCGAGAGAGGAAGACGGGGCGCUGCAGGAAGUCAAAAGAAGGCGAAGGCGAGACAGGAGAGAAGGAAGGGGAGGUGAAGAAGGAAGGCGAGGAAGAGGGGAAAGAGCAGGAAAAGUUGGGCAAAUUGGAGUUCUCUCUGGACUACAACUUCACAGAUUCCCAGCUCAUCGUGGGAAUCCUUCAGGCUCAGGAUCUGGCCGCCAUGGACAUGGGGGGCACCUCAGAUCCUUACGUCAAAGUCUUCCUGUUGCCGGACAAAAAGAAGAAGUACGAAACCAAGAUUCAGCGCAAGAAUUUGUGUCCCGUUUUCAACGAGACGUUCUUUUUUAAGAUCCCGUAUGCAGAGUUAGGAGGAAAGACGUUGGUGCUCCAGGUCUUCGAUUUCGAUCGAUUCUCCAAGCACGACAUGAUCGGUGAUAUCAAGAUCCCCAUGAACAGCGUUGAUUUGGGCCAACCAAUUCAACAGUGGAGGGACUUGGAGAGUGUGGAAAAGGAAGAGGAAAAACUGGGCGAUGUCUGCAUCUCUCUGAGAUACGUCCCCACCGCUGGGAAACUGACAGUGAACAUCAUGGAGGCAAAGAAUCUGAAGAAAAUGGAUGUCGGGGGCUUAUCGGAUCCGUAUGUGAAGAUUGUCCUACAGCAAAAUGGAAAACGUAUCAAGAAGAAGAAGACAACAGUCAAGAAAAACACACUCAAUCCCUACUUUAAUGAGAGUUUCAGCUUUGAAGUCCCCUUUGAACAGAUACAGAAAGUACAGGUGGUCAUCACAGUCUACGACUACGACAAACUGGGGAGCAACGACCCCAUCGGUAAGACCUUCAUGGGUUACGGCGCUACGGGGGUCGGCCUGCGCCACUGGUCGGACAUGCUGGCCAAUCCCAGACGUCCGGUAGCCCAGUGGCACACGCUGUUGCCGGAGGAGGAGGUCGACGCGGCGGUCAAAGCCAAACCUCGCUAAGGAGACCUUGCUGGGUUUUUUCUUUUGUGUCUUCCCUUUUGUUUUGCAUGAUGUCACUGGAAAUUUGUUUUUUUAACUGAACCAAGAUUAAGUACGAUAGAUAUUUCUUCUUACUUGCAUUACUUAACAAUGUAUUCUAACUUGUUAUUGAGAUAUUAUUUCUGGUUAUGAGUAAGUAACUCUAUAGGUGUGGGGAGUACACAUACUAGUUUUAUGACAUCAGUGGGUUCGCUAUGUUUACUUGUUUUAAGAAAUCUUCCCAACUCAAUCCCAAAAACGUCCAGUUGCCUCAAUUCAAUUUUUGCGGUUUACUAUGAUGACUGAGAAUCUACAGACAUCUUGACAAGUCUGAUUUUCCUGUUAUACUUGUGGAUAAUUUUGCUUAAAUUAAGUAAUAGCUUCCUCAUGACGUUACAUUUUUGUUCUUGUUCUUUUUUUUAAGCCCAGUUUUUGCAGUGUUGUUUUCCAUGCAUAAUGUUUCUUUUGGUAUACUUUAACAUAUGGAUGUGAAAUACUGAUAUAUAUGUCAUUAAGACCUUGUUUUCCCUUGUAUGGCACUAAAGUUAAAACAAAUAUAAAUGUGCUGUGUGUGCGCUCAUAAACAGGUGCAUCUUUACCCAUGAAUUUGAAUAUUAUGGAAAAUGAAAUUUAUUUUAGUAUAAUUUAUAGUAUAAGAGUGAGACUCAGAAUCAGAAUCAUCUUUAUUUGCCAAGUAUGUCCAAAACACACAAGGAAUUUGUCUCCGGUAGUUGGAGCCGCUCUAGUACAACAGACAGUCAAUUUACAGAACACUUUGGAGACAUAAAGACAUUGACAAAAAACAAUUGUGCAAAAAGAUGCAGAGUCCUCUAGCACUUAGAGCAGUUCGAAUGAUUAAUAUUGCAAUAGUCCGGUGCAAUGACCAUUGUGCAAAGGGCGCCGAGACUUCAAGGAGUGUAUGCGGUUUAAAGUGACGAGUAGUGCGAUCAUCUGGGACAAUGUCGGUUGUGCAAAUGUUACAGAUACUCCUCAAACAGUGUGCAAAUGGAGCAGAUGCUACUCUGGCAUGAGUGGCCAGUAUAUGCAAAUAGUGCAGCAUGGCGAGACAACUACAGUGAGUGCACGAGUAAUACAUAAUUGGCCCCACAGAAAUGUGACAACGAACUCAAGUCAAAAAAUUGCCAUCUUAUUGUAAUGGAAUUAUAGGUUAGGUGUUUAAGAAGUUAAUCGCAAGAGGGAAGAAGCUGUUGGAAUGUCCACUAGUUCUAGUUUGCAUUGAUCGGUAGCGCCUACCUGAGGGAAGGAGCUGGAAGAGCUGGUGACCGGGGUGCGGAGGGUCCGAGAGGAUUUUGCACGCCCUUGUCUUAGUUCUGGCAGCGUGCAAGUCCUCAAUGGUAGACUUGAUUUGAUGAUUUAAUGUUGUAUAUCAAAUUGUCAUGAUUGUAUUUUACAGCUAAGGAAAACAACGAACAUUUAACAUCCAAAGAAAUUAGAAAAUUAUAUGUGAAACAAUCAAGAUUGAGAAUUUAGAAUUUAUUUUCGCAUGUGAUAAAUCAAUCUGUAUAACAUGUUUCACUUUUUGAAUUGAACUACCAAAAUAGUUGUUUUUAUGAUAUUUUAAUUUGUUGUACACUGUGCAAUGACAAUAUAUAUUCUAAUUCUAUAUUGAGAUGCACCUGUAUCUACAAUACCACUACUCUACUAAAAUAAUGAAAUAUUUCAGUAUUGUUUAGUUUUUAGUAGACCACUUUAUGUAUAUAAAGACUAAAAUGUUGUGAUUUUGGCUCAUUUGAAUGACAAAUCUCCUAUGGACGUUUCGUGGUUCUUUUUAAUAUGGACGUAACGUGGUUCUUUUUAAUAAUGUUGAUGAUUUUAAUUGUUUCACUGCGGAGAAAAUAGAAAAACAAAUAAACGUGUGUGAACUGAACUAACGCAGGGUAUCUAUAGGAUCUCAGUUUCUGGUGAGUUUUAAAUCGUAUUUUAUUUUGUGAAUUAGCAAUAAUAAAUUACAAUAAAUCACAUAAAACAAAA